AUGGAGCAGUUCCUGGCUGUCCUUCCACUAGAGAUGGAGUGCUGGGUGAGGAAUGUGAGCAGAAGACCAGUUCCCAGCAGUAGCCUGGCUGAAGGUUUUCUCCUGAGUCAGCAGAGAGAGAAGCAGGCGGAGCAGCAGGGAAAGGAACUGUUUGCAGACAAGGGCUUGGAUUCCUCAGAGAGGACUCUGUGGGAAACCAGAGAGAGGCUGUUGGGUGACCAAAUGAUGCCAUCAAGACAUGCUCCUCCAUCUUUUCAUGGUGCUGGAGGGGAAGCAGCGGCUGUGGAACCAGAUCAAGGUCCAGUGUGCUUUGAAGAUGUUGCUGUUCAUUUCACAGAUGAGGAAUGGGUGUUGCUGGAUCCUGACCAGAGAGCUCUGCAUAAGGAAGUCAUGGAGGAGAAUCGUGAGGUCAUGGACUCUCUCAGUGCUGAUGAAUUGGAAAUUAAGAACAAGAGAGACCACUGCAAAAUCCACACAGUGGAGAAGCCAUAUAACUACAUGGUGUGUGGAGAAAGCUUCAGUCAGAGCUUCUAUUCCUCUUCCCAUCAAAAAAAUCCCAUUGAGAAGAAACUCUGUCAGUGCUUGAAAUGUGGAAACAGCUUCAAUUCCAAGAGGAGUCUCACUUCCCAUCAAAAAACUCAUAGCAGGAAAAAAUCAUAUCAGUGCUUGGAAUCGCUUUAG